UUUGUAUCCGUCAUUAAACUGGAGCGCGGCGUGGGUUACUUUAGUGUGCACACUUGACACAGUUGAAACAAAAACAGAAAUUUGAUCCAUGCACAGGAAGUCACGCUUUCAGCAUAGGAACGGUCAGGAGAGACAUGGGGCUGAAGCAAAGCCAGAAGACUCAGUUCCCUGUGGUACCUGUACCACUAUGUGUCCUGUCUCAGAGGUUCGGCGGCGGGAGACAGAGAGGCAGUUGCAUUGCUUUGAGAUGGAACGUGGGACAGAGAAAGAGCGCAAGCCCCGUGCUGAUCUCUCCCGCACUGUUAAAGAGUACUCGCGUCCUGCAGCUGGUAAAGACAGCACCAGAGCCUGUGACCUGCGACCUCCAGACGUUCUGUUCAAAACAGUGUGUUACUUGGUGGAUGAGAUAGCGGCCUCGCCUACACUUCAGCCCUGGACUGAGGUCUACAGCUUUGUGUUCGACCGUUUGCGCAGUGUACGGCAGGACAUGGUCAUCCAGCGUGUGUCUGGCAGGGAGUGUGUUGCGGUGCUUGAGAGAACAGUGCGCUUCCAUCUCUACGCAUCAUACCGACUAUGCGGUGCACCUCUGCAGCUCUUCGACCCACAUAUUAAUGACACACACCUGCAGGAGUGUCUGAGCUGGCUGUUGGAAUGCUACAGCGAGGGACAGUUUGAGCAUCAGGCAGAAUUCCAGGCCCUCAGCCUGCUCUACAACCUGGGUUCCACAAGGACACUGCAGCGUUCCCUUGAGCUGCCAGACAAAAUUCGUCUCUCUCCUCAGGUUCAGUUGGCUCUGGCGAUUAAUUGGGCUUAUACGGAGCGCAACCCUGUACGUCUCCUACGUCUAGCCCAAAAACUGGACUUCAUACAAGCCUGUGCCCUUCAUAGACACCUAUUGUCCUGCAGGAGAGAUUUGCUUCGGCUCUACAGCCAUGGAUACAACAGCCGAAACUGUCGCUUUCCCGUCCAGAAGUUAGCAGACAUUCUCGAUCUGGAGUGUUCACUGGCUGGGCAGCUUUGCCUGGCACAUGGACUCCAAGUGAGCGGGGACUGCGUUGUCUUCUCUAAAGCCUCCUUUAGUGAGAGCCCUUGUAAAGAGCUGCAGUGUGAACGAAUGCACAAAUUGGUGGAUGAUGAGCAACAAGACAUUUCAGUUGGCAACAUCAUUCAUGGCAUUGCCUGAACACGUGAUUUUAAAAGGGUGGUUCAAUAAAAGGUAUUUAAAUUUUUUAAUAUACUGUGAAUUUACUGUUUUUAAUUUAAAAAAAAUGUUUUUUAAGGCAUUUGAUUCAUGUUUUUUCUUUGACAAAAUACAAUUUUCUGAUUUUUUUCUUUCAUGUAUUGUAAUUACAAAUACAAUAUUGACAUGUUGAAGGAGAUCCUUAGCAUUAUUCAAAAAACUUUAUAAAAUGCCUGUGAAUCAUAGAAAUCGUAGCCAAAAAUUCUUGACCAAUGAACUCGUAUGACUUAGACCAGCGGUGUCCAAUCUUAUCCACAAAGGGCCGGUGUGGGUGCAGGUUUUCAUUCCAACCAAGCAGAAGCCACACCUGAUUCCCUGUUUAAUCAGUUGUUCUUGGCUUUUAGUAGACUUUUGUGUGGCUUCUGUUUGGUUGGAAUGAAAACCUGCACCCACACCGGCCCUUUCCGGAUAAGAUUGAACACCGCUGACUUAGACCUUUCUAAAAAUUAUAAACGUAUGUGGUAUCGCUGUAAUUAUUUGCACACUCUGGCCUUAUAAUCGUUACUGCUGAGUUUUAGAUCUCAUCUUUUGGUAUAAGAUUUAUAUUUCUCCUUUCAAAGUCUUCUUAAAAAAUUUUUUUUUUUUUUUUUUUUUUUAUACCUUUACCCAUUGCCUUCUUGGAUUGUUGAUGUCACUGACUUGUUUUUGGGGUUUUAUUCACAGCUGUUACAAUGUUUUAACCAGUGGUUUCUUUUAUUUAUUUAUUUUUUGGGGUCGGGGGCACGGUGUUCACAAAUUGUUGUCUUGUAUUUAUGCAAUUACAGCUUUGUGGUCUUGAUGUUGGUUUAUCGACAUUUAAUGACAAAUGCAGUCUUCACAGGUGAAAACCAGGGCUCCAUCCAAGAAUAAACAUUCACAUUAAUUCUAUAAACAAUUAUUCAAACAGACCACAUGAAACACUUAUGUUAUUUUCCUCUAUUUUUGAUUACUUGAAAAAUGAGUGGGUUCUAACAAAAUAUGUUCUUUUUUUUAACAUAACUAGAUGUAAGUAUCAGAAAAUAAAAGCUGAAAUUCUGAUCUG